AUGCCUAGCGCAGGCAAGCGUGACCGCGCAUGUGAGCGCCAGAAGAAGCGCCGAGAGAAGAAGGCGGCUGCCGCAAUCCGCUGCCGAGAAAAGGAAAAGAAGCUCGAGCGCGAGCGCGCCGAGCAGUUGGCUGCCGAAGCGCAGCGGGAAUGCCUGCUUCGAGAGGGACAAGAGGUACGUAUCGCUAUCCUUGAGAAGAGAGUGGAGACUGCAGAGAGCCCGGAUGAUUAUCGACGGGCCAGAGAGGUAGUUGAGCUAAUCGCUACUGCGGAGAAGAAUGCUCAGCAGAAGCGGGCCAGCACUGGGGAGGGCAAGACCCAAGACAAGUAG